AUGGAUAAGAGAGCAAACCCGAGAAAACGCGCCUGUGACUCGUGUUAUAAGCGGAAGAUUCAAUGUGACAGAGAUGAACCGCAGUGUAAUUGGUGUAAACACCAUGGACUGGCCUGCACCUUCAACCGGCCGGCCAGGGUGAAGAAGGCCGCAAAGAAAAGCAAAAAGGGUGGCGAGGAAAACAAUCUUUCAGAACGAAUAGGACGGCUGGAGCAACUCCUUGCAGAGAAAGUCACCAAUCUAUCCCCGGAGCCAUCGGAACAGGCAUCUGAUUUUCAGGACGACCUGUCGCUGCCGCUUAGUCAUGCUGGCAGCACGCCGGGUUCUGCUUCCGAGGCCGCACCGAGUGAUCAACUAGCCACGGGCAACUUUGGCAAGCUUCACUUUGCCGGUCAUCAUCUUGGCGAAAUCAGCUCGCAGGUCGGGAUCCCCCUAUUUUCGGCGGAUGGACAAAAAUGGCUCCAGUCCCGGACCGGGGAGAGGGCUGCCUUUCCGGUCCUGGCUGCACCUCUGUGGCACAACCAACAUCGCACACACCAGGAUAUCAUCUUGCCGUUAACACACUUCGACCUGCCCGAUAGGCAGGUCACGGAAGAGUAUUUGUCCAUUUUCAGCUCCUCUCAUAUCCGUUACGUGUUUCCUAUUGUAGAUGCUGUGCUAUUCAGGCAUACGAUCGAUGCAGCGUAUAGUACGAGCGGCAAUGUGUCAUUUUUGGAGACCACCAAGAGCAAGUCAUGCAUCUUCUCCUUCCUGGCCGUCGCCAGUCUGAUGUCAGGCAAGCUUGAUGCCACCCCCAUCGACUCCGAAGCUUGUGCUGUAAAGGCACAAUACCUUUUCCCACAGGCCAUGCUGGACCCGAGCGUGACGGCCCUUCAAAUAAUGUUCAUGCAGUGUAUGUACCACCUAUUCUCCGGCAAGUUUCAAAUGGCAUCAAUGUUCCAUUCUGUCGCCUGUCGGUUGCUAUACAUGCUAGGCGCACACACUCAAGUUAAUGACCUUGCCUCGACAAAGCCACCAACCGAUGGGACAGAGAUGGAAUGGAGAAUCAGGAACCAUCUGCGUAAAUACUUCUGGCUGUGCUACACCUUCGACAAGGAUCUAGCCCUACGAACUGGCCACCCCCCGGCUAUUGAAGACGAACAUUGCGAUCUUAACCUUCCUAGGGGCUACCAUGCCGGCCAGAUUGGAAAGAUGCGUGUCGAUGACGAUGGGACGCCGUUUCUCCCGGGCGACUUAUUUCUGAGUAUGAUCAAGUCCAAAGCAAUCAAACUCCUCUACUCAACAGAAGCGCUGAGGAAGUCUGACGCGGAGCUCUUGAGGGCUAUCCGCGAGCUGGAUGACGAAUUAGAGAGUUGGCGCAUGACGAUUGAUCCGAGGUUUCGUCCUACACUAUCUUGUCGCGAGGAUGACUUCGACGUGGAACCAACAGCAAACAUAACACAGAAGAUGCAUCACAUCGUGACGAACUUCGAAUACCACUACUUGAUGGCAACAAUACACCAAGCCACAAGCCGGUGCCGUGCCUGGGCGAACGGUGCCAGUGGGGAGAUGGAUGGGGUCAGUUCCAGCCUGGCAUUGUCGGUAGAAGCCAGUCGAUCAACGUUGGUAUACCUCCGCGUUGCGGUGCAAGAGAUGGUAGGAGAAUCAUUUUGGAUGGUCGUAUUCUAUCCGAUGUCAGCUAUCCUGACCAUUUUUUGCAACAUUUUGCUCAACCCGCUCUGCCCUCGGGCUGAAGGUGACCUAGAACUACUUAACAGCACCCCAGAGCUUAUCAGGGGUAUUAGAUUCCGCCGGCUGACGUUGAAUGAGGUCAUGCAUAUUAAGAUGAUAGAGGACUUUGUUGCAGAGCUCAUCAGGCUGGGAGCUUGUGCUAUCCGGAAGGCCCACCAAGAUGAGAUGGGUUGA